UUAAAAACUAUUUUUUUAUUUAGUUUAACCAAAACGCAGAUUUUCAUCUUUGAGAUAAUGGCGACUCUGGUUUCGCUGCCUUCCUCCUAUCUCACCCCACGCCUCACUAUCGACAAACUCUUCUUUGGUCCUCUCCUCCCCAUUUCCACAAGCAUCAGGCGUAAUUGGGACUUAAGCAAAUUUGGGAACUGGAGGCUCUGUUCUAUAAAGUCCAGACUCACAAAAACCAAAGAGUCGCCUUCGACAAACCCCACGACAUUAUUGAAAGAACCUCAUAAGUAUUUUGAUCAAGUAAUCAUCACCGUCCGUUCGGGUGAUGGCGGUCACGGUGCCGUCCUUACAAUGCCUAACCAACAACGAGCUGCGAAGCCUCAAGGAAAAUAUGAGAAUAAAGAGAAGUCAAAGAAGAAGCCUUCGUAUAAAAGGGAUUUUGAUGGGUCACUUAUCCUUCCAGUGGGUGGUCAUGGCGGAGAUGUAGUAAUUUAUGCUGAUGAAGGGAAAGAUACCUUAUUGGAACUUCACGAGAAGAGCAGGUAUAAUGCAAAACGUGGUGGCAAUGUCGAUGCCAUGGGUGCUUUAACUUCUCAGUCACGUGAUGGCCUUGCUGCCCCAACGUUGCGUAUCCCUGUUCCUCUCGGCACAGUUGUAAAACGCAAACGUGGGAAGUUAUUGGCUGACCUAGCGCAGCCUGGUGAUGAAGUACUUGUUGCUAGGGGUGGUCAAGGAGGGAUUAGCUUGUUAGAAAUGCCAGAACACGGAAGGAAAAAGUUGAUGUCUUUAACCACAAAUGUGAUGAGAGAUGAAACUGAUAAGGUUUUAGUUCUUGGUCAGCCUGGAGAGGAGGUUAGUUUGGAGUUGAUUCUUCGAGUUGUUGCUGAUGUUGGGUUAGUUGGGCUUCCAAAUGCAGGCAAGUCAACACUUCUAGCUGCCAUUACACUUGCAAAACCAGAUAUUGCUGAUUAUCCUUUCACAACAUUGAUGCCAAAUCUUGGGCGGCUUGAUGGUGACCCUGCUUUAGGAGCAGGUAAAUAUUCAUCUGAAGCAACCUUGGCUGAUUUGCCUGGUCUCAUAGAAGGUGCUCAUCUGGGCAAGGGUCUAGGUCGCAAUUUCUUGAGGCAUUUAAGGAGGACACGUGUCUUGGUCCAUGUUGUCGAUGCAUCAGCUGACUAUCCUUUGAAUGACUACAGAACUGUCAGAGAGGAACUGCGGAUGUACAAUCCAAAUUACCUAGAACGACCAUAUGUUGUAGUACUCAACAAGAUCGACCUUCCUGAGGCCAGAGAUAAGCUUCCGCAUUUAACUGAAGAAAUCUUAAAGAUUGGAUGUGAUAUAGUACAUUCUGAGUUGGAAACGAGUUCUAGAGUUGAACUUCAAGCAUUGCCCACUGAAAGUGAUAUGGCUUCAGCUAUUUCUGGCGAAGAUAAAAUGGAUAAAGGAAUUGAGGACUAUCACCGGCCAGCUGCUGUUGUUGGUGUUAGCGUUUUGAAAGGCAUCCAAGUAAAUGAGAUGUUGAAGGAGAUAAGGGCUGCCCUAAGGAAGUGUAGAGAUUCGAACGAAGCACUGGAAUUAAAUGUGAGAUGAAGGGAGUACUACGGUUGUAAUGUACUAAUUCAACAUGUUUGGAUUUGAGUUGUCGAUGUGAAGCUUACACCAGAUUUUCUCCAUCGCCAAUGAAUCCUCAAACUGUUUUGGCCCAUACACGUAAUGAUACAAGAUUGACUCCCUUAAAAGCUCAGUACUGCCAUAUUUUAGAGCUGCAAUUUACAGUGCAUAAGUUUUCGCUGUUUUGAAUAUGUAUACUUCUACCCAGGUGCUCAUUGUCAUCUAUUUGACGGGAUUGA